CUUGAAGUCGUUCGGGUCGGGGAUGCCACAUAGUUUGAUGUUCGCAAGGUGUAUGAGAAGAUCUGUCACUUGUGUACCUAUCUUUUUAUUUUUCAUCUUUGCACAAUAUUUGUCAUAAAAAUAAAGUUGUUCAGCCCCUAGGUUGGUGGUCAAGAUAACAUUUCGAUCAGAUCAGUGUACCGGGAAUUUGAAAUCGCUGUCAAAAAGUUGUUUGGCGCUGCCCCUGCCACACGCUUGUUUACUCAAGCUGCGAAAGCCGUGUUUAUUGCGAUACGAUUUAUUGCAUUUCUAUUUAGAUUGAGAAUCCGAAAAACAGUCCCAGAAGUGCUUCAAAUAUGGAUCCUUAUGUUCCGGUGCAGUAUCGGGAAGUCCCGAUGAGACAACUUUCACCAAAUGUUGGUAAUUGCCGAGAGAUCAACGUGAGCACUGGCGGAAUUCAUAACAUGUUACAAGAUGUGAAAACAUCGGAACAAUGUGGAGGUUACUGCUUCGUUGAGCGGGAAGAUUAUCGUUCAAAUCGAUUCAUUUACUGGCGGACUUGCGGAGAUUUCAUUUACUUGAGUGAGAUUAGUAUGAAUUUAAACUUAACUAACAACAAUUUGAAAAUAAGUUUCGAUGAAAGUCCAAUCUUAUCUGUUGAAAUUAGCGGUAACCGAUUGCAAGUAGUUUUGCUAAUUGUAACCGUGACAAGUGUACACCGGAUUCUGUUACGACAUCCGAAAGCUAACAGUGUAAAUCCUGAUGGGAUGCACGAAUCAGUUUUAGCGUCCAUCACAAAGGAGCAGAUAUGUGAUUCGACUUCAUUCUAUGUCAUUAGCAACGAUAUUGGCCAAUCGCUACCUUCAAUUGCUGCUGCAUUUCGGGUGGAACAUGACAUAAAUGAUAGUGAUGCGUUUUAUGCAGUUUCAACCGUGUCAGCGCUAUAUCUAUUCCAAAUGGGAAGCCUCGGUGGAGUGAAAAUAAUUGAACUUAAGCACAACCAGCUGAUAUCUCGGUUGUUUUCUAAUUUAACGGAUGCGUGGAGGAAAAAGAACGCCAACACUCCAGAUCAAGUAGUUUCUUUGUUAUUCGGUGAGAUAGAGGGUAACUCGGUAUUGUAUGCUUUUUAUCGCAACAAUAUUGCUCGUGUUUGGUCGCUUAACGGCUCAUGCAUUGGGGUGGAAUGUCUAGUAAAGCAUUCUGAUCAAAGACUGGAAGGAUCUCAAAACUUGAUGGUUCGAAAAUCUGUUUCACUCAUUGGUGUAUAUUUAGCAUUUUCCGAUUGUUCGGAGUUCAUUAUAUUCCGUCCUGUCAUAGGCGAUUCUAGUAACGUUAGUUUGAAGAGAGAGUCUGUCAUUUUGGCCCCAAACUAUGAUUUGAUCGACUACAAAAUAUCUGAUCAGGCUAUUUGGGCACUGUGGUGUAAUGCUGAAGGUGAGAUGCAAGUGCUGACUUAUUCAAUCAACAGUCAAUCGAUCAAUUUCUGGCUUCCAAUACCACUGGAAACCAUGGACGAUAAGUAUGUGGUAAAACUGGACAAGGGAACUGAUUUGAAGCAUGCCUAUUGUAAUCGCAUCUUUCACUCUGGAAAGUUUCACAACAAUGUCAUUGCGAAAACUCUUUCGAUGUUUAACCGAAGCUUCAGUUAUUCCGGUUCCGUCAUUUCUACGGCUGCUUUGAAACGGCACGUAUGCAGUUACAUUGAUGGAGAAUUACAAAAUGAGCGCAAACUUCAAAACAUAACCGACGAAGAGUUUAUAGAGCUCUCUUCGACACUAUGGGAAAAGUUUUAUCUAUGUUGCUCUCAGUACAACUUUGAAGCUUGUCAACCUAUCGGCAUGCUCAUACUCGAAGAAAUGAAUGUAUUCUGUUUGAUACGAAAGAAGUUAAUCUCGUUUUUUCGACCCUGCGAUGAAUUGGAACUAGCAUUACUCUCAGAGAACUACCCUGGAAGUGAUGGUGACACUGGUGAAAAAUCUGUACAACAAGAUGUCGCUGUAUUAGUAAGAGUGCUGAAGCAGAUUGAUAAAUUUGUGCCCGAGGAUGAAAAAAUAGAAAUCGAGUCUUGCCUGUUCCAGCUACGUUCUAUCAAGGAUGUAAUGGGAACCAUUUCCGCAUCGCAGAGUUUCGAAAAUCAGUGUAACCUAACAGCUGUCAUUCAAUCCAUUGAAGAUCUACCCAAAGCUGUAACCGUUAUCCUUCAGAAGCUCAAGUUGGACCAUGACUCGCCCUCCUCAGAGCCCAGUUUAUAUCCAAGUUUGAGGAGUCUUCCCUUUGGAGGUCUGCUGGGGGUACAACUAUUGACUGAAACCGUUCGUCAGAUGAUUCAGUUGCGCUAUAUGGUCGUACGAAACCUUAUUGUUCUACAACAUUUGCUGUUGAAUAACUUUGCGCUAAAUUGUAAUGCGAUGGAAAUAAUCCGUUCCAAAUGUAUUCCAGACAGUGAGGUAUUUCUUCAAUCAUAUUAUGUUAUGAAUUGGAUCGCUGAGUCGGUCGUGGAUUAUGCUGCGGUCCGCAGUAAGUCGCUGGAAAGUGAUGCCUCACUGGUAAUUGGACAUGAAGAGGCAUAUGGGUUCGAAUACAUUUCAUUGCUACAUCUCUUUGUUGCUACCAAGGGACUUAAAGCGUGUAUGGUUACCGAUAUGAAACAAAGUUUGAUGAACAAUUCAGAAUGGUUCACCGAGCUGCUUAACAUUAGCAACGGAUUGCUACGUCUUAUAUGGCCUGUAGCGGGAGAGUUUACUUUCGGACAAUGGCUCAUGCAAGGUGAAAUGCACAUAUUUAUAGAAGAAUAUGUUCGUUUACUGAACUCUUGGUGCGAAUGGAACAAUUGCUCUCGAAACUUUAUUCUGGCCAAAUCAUAUCUUAUGAACGGUGAAAAUUCAAAAGCUUUAGACCUGUUUCCGCAGUCAGCAAAAGGGAUCUUGAACGAACCAUAUUUAAUCGCUUUCACUAAGUCAUCAGACACCGUUUCAGUGCCACCAGAUGAGAUGUUGAGUCUUUUCUACCUUAAGGUGAUCCGAUUGUUCGAACACUAUGGUGCAUACGAUUGCAUUAAUGUACUGGCACAAAUUGCCAUUGGAACUUCAGUACAAACCAAACAACAGGCAAUGUUUCAAAGCAUAGAUUUCAGUAGUCAUAUGGAGCUAGGUCACUAUGAAGAAGCAUAUCAUUCGUUGGUUUACAAUUGUGAGCAGACACGAAAAAAAGAUUGUCUGCGACAAUUGGUGUGGCGUUUGUUCCAGGCUAAAAAGUUCAACAUUUUGAUCGAUCUCCCGUAUUACGGUUUGGAGAUGGACUUUCAAAAUAUUAUGGAAAUGCAUGCACGAUCGGUGGAGAUCUCCGAAAAUAGCCACUAUGACUUUUUGUAUUCCUAUUUCAUUUUGAAAGGCAAUAUGAGGAAAGCUUCUCUUAUUGCGUAUGAAAAAGCCCUUAGAUGCCAAUUGGAAUGUAAUUCUCCAGUAUUCCUUAAAAUGCGCUGUGAAUCCUUGCUAAAAUGUGUCAAUGCGCUAAACUUAGUGGCUCCUGACUAUGCGUGGAUCGCGAAACCCACGGUUUUUAAAGAAAACAAAUCUCAAGAUGACCAGAAAGCAAAGAUUGAAGUUAUUAGCUUGUCUGACAUACGUAAAGAAUUGAUGGUGACGGAAGCUGUUCUUGAAAUUUCCAAACAGCUAGAAGACUAUAAAGCUGUUUUAGAUGUGGAUACCGAUGAGCUCAUUGUAAUUUUGGCAAAUGCCAAAUUAUAUGCCACUGCUUUCAAACUCGCACUUGCUCUUGGUAGAAAUGUCCUUCCGGUUUAUGAGAGUUUAGCAAUUGCAUGUGUGAUGUGUGCUAUGCAAGAUGCUGCUGAUAAUUGGGAUUGGCUGCACAAAAAUAAUCUUGCGGAAUCGAUAAUCAGCUCUGAUAGUACGGAUACCGCCUGGAACUUCCUGAAAUAUUGUUUGUUGAAUCAAACCAAGGAUCAGGAUGCAUGUUAUGCAUCAGUUAUGAAUCAAAUUAUUUCUAAAAAUGCGUUCGCACCGCAGUGGCUUACUGAUUGGUGCAUGAAUAAGAUACCGACAAAGCUUCUUCAGUUAUACAUAAACUAUGGACGACUUGAAGAGGCAUAUGAUGUCGCAGUUAAGCUUAUUCAAUCGCAGUUAAUCAGUCGCACAUCGAUAACAUCGCUUCACUUCAACCGUUUUCUACUGCCUAUUACGCUGAUUGAUCGCCUUCUGCACGAAUUUCGCAAGGAUGUAAAAUUCCAAGAGCAAAAGAACAAUCUCGGAGAGCUCAUCAAUUGUAUAGCCAAUUAAAAAUCUCUGUAUCUGUUCUAUUUCUGUUUUUCAAAUAAAAAAAAAUUGUCCUUGAA